AUGACUAAUAUUUGGGUUCUAAGUUUUGAUGUGACUCUUGCAGGAAUAGGGAGAGUAGAUUCUGACAUACCUAUUGAAAUAAUCUUAACAAAAGCUUGGUUUAUUUGGAAGGAGAGAUGUAAUAGAGUUUUUGAACAUAAACAACAAACUAAGAUUCAAUUAGGAUUAGAAAUACAAAGAUUUAUAGACUUCUGGUACAAGGGUAACUUGCCCUCAAGACACUUCCCUAAAGAAAAACUGAAGAUACAAACUUGGUCUUUGCUUAAUAGGUCUCAGUUCAAACUUAACAUUGAUGCUGCAUGGAGUUCUAUAGAUUUACCUACAGGUUUUUCUUUAAUUUUGAGGAAUGAUGCAGGGGACUUCGAGAUUGGCAGGGCAGGAUCUUUCACAGCCUCUACCCCUGAAGAAGCGGAAGCCAUAGGACUAUUACAAGGAGCAUACUGGGCAGUUGAAAAGGGUUUGUCAAAUUUCACAGUUGAAGGAGAUUGCAAGAAUCUGUUUGAUUACUUAAAUGGGAAAGAUUCUCAAAUAAGUUGGCAAAACAGAUUGAUUAUGAAUGAAGUCCAGGAAAAAUUUAAUCAAUACCAGAAUUUUUUGGGUUUUUAUUUAGUUCGUAGGACUGCAAACAAUGUGACAGAUGUUUUAGCCAAAAAAGCAAAAUCUUUUAAGAAUUUUUUAAAUUGGAGGGUUGUUCCUCCUUCUUGUAUUAAUCAGGCGCUGCCAGUAGAUAAAUCAAAUGUUAGGGGCGUUUUCAACAACCUAACAUUAGAUAGCUCUACUAUUUGUUUUGUAAGGGAUCCUAAUUCCCUAAGUUAG